AUGAACCUCUCAGCUCCCUACAGCGCCGCCGCAUGCCAGGAGUGGUAUUUUCUUCCUCCGCGCCAGCUCCUGGAGGCGGCGCACGACGAACAGCAUGUCGACGGUGGAUCGCCCGGGUCGAAAUCCGCACUGUUCCUCCGGGAGGAUGUUGUUGGCUUCGCAGAAGGCGCUUAGACGGUUGGUGAUGAUCUUGAUGGGGACCUUGCCUACGUGAGAUAGUAGCGAAAUCCCCCUGUAGUUGUUACAGUUGGACCGGUCACCCUUCUUGUACAGCACCUUGAUGGUUGCAUCCUUCCACUCUCGCGGAAUAUCUCCUCCGUUCCACACCUUGACGAGGAUGGUAUGGAGGUGUCCCAGGACGAAGGGUUCGUCGUCAUCGAUCUUGAGCAACUCGGCAGGGAGGGAGUCAUGGCCGGGUGGCUUCCAGUUCUUGAAGCCUUUCGUUGCCCGUGCCACCUCCUCGAGAUCUGGCAGAUCUCCCAACUGUUGAGUGUCACGUGUCGCUGGCCGCUGCGUCACUCGUUCGAUGAUGUCUGGGUUCAGGGUGGGGGCUUUGGUGUUGAGUAGGGUGCUGAAGAAUCUCGCCCACCGCUGGAGGAUGUCGUCCCUGUUCCGGAGCAACACGCCGUUCUCAUCCGCGACGAACUGCUGUCCCCCCGCUUGUCUCCCGCUGAGGCCCACUGAUCUCUUGAGGUGUUGGUACAGUCCUCGUAUGUCGCGAUCUUUAUAGAUUUCUUCGAGCUCAGCCACAUAUCCGUCCAGGUGGGCAUAAAUGCCCGUUUCGACUGCUGUAGCCACUCCCUUUCUUUGAGAACCCUCCACGUCGCUGAGUUCCAGUUGCCCCUUAUCGCCCGGCGCGCUUCCCGACGUUUGGUAAGGGCCUGCUCCAGCGCUGCUCGCGUCUCUGGGGUCUCACACCACUCCUGCGUGCGGCGUCUCCGCGGUUCCUCCCCCAGGGUCGUCCGCGCUGCGUCGAGGAGAGCAUUGGUAAAGUCGGUCGCCAAUUCCGCGGCGGUGGUUGUUCGCUCGUCCAGUCGUGUGUCGAGGUUGAGGAGGAACCGAUUAGUCACCGCACACCGUGCUGCUUCGAACUGCAAUUCCCGUCGGUUGAAUUGCUUCUGUUUCGGUUUAGUCCGGACUGCACGGUUGUGGGCAAGCCUGCCACCGAGGUUGACGGUGGCUACUACCAUAUUGUGGUCUGAGUCUGUUUUGACUGGGCGAACCGGCUGGGGGAUGACGACCACGUUAGAUACUCGGCCGUGAUGUGCCUGCCUUGUCAGGAUGUAGUCAAGGCGCUUGCAAUCGUUUCCCGACACACCGUUGUACGUGUGCCAUAUUCCGCCCUUGCGUGUCUCAAAGAACGUGUUCGUGAGAGCUAGCCUGUCUUCCGUUGCGAAGUUCAACAUUAGCAUGCCAUUGUCGUGGAGCUCAUCACGCCCGAACAUUCCUAUUACCCUUGCGUCCCCUCCGUCCAACCUAUCUCCCGUCCGCGCGUUGGCAUCCAGUAGGAUAUACCCACAUUCUUUGGAAGGGAUCCUCCGCACGAGACUGUCAAGUUUUCCCCAGAACAUGCGCUUGCUGUCGGCGGUUGAAGGUUCGGUUGGAGCAUACGCGGCUACGAAGUUGACCGCUCCACGGUGGCCUGCCAACAGAAACCUCAUGGCCAUAAGGCGUUCGUCGAUAAACUUCGUAGUGAACGUGGAUGUCUUGCACAGUGACUCUUUGACGGCUAUCCCCACACCAUGGACUCCACCAGCCUCCGUGCCACAGCAGAACACCCGGAAACCCUCUGCUGCAAGUUCCGUUUGACCUGCCCUCCGUGUCUCCUGCAUUCCUACCACCGAUACGGCUUGUCUCGCUGCCUCGUGUAGAACGCUGUAAGCUCGCCCGUAUCCAUUGGCCCCGUUUACAGCCAAAGUCCGCACAUUCCAGGUUGCUACCCUAAGAAGUUGACCCUGCUGUCUCUUUCGCGCGGCGCGCGCUGCUCUCGUAGCUAGCCUACGCGCCGCCCGACCCCUCCUUUUCCUCCAUCUUCCCCUCUUUGUUUUUUUACUAUUUUCUUGCGUACACUCGGGCUAACGUGAUAGUUACCCCGAUUUUGCCCCCGGUUUUUGCCUUGUUUCCCAUAGAGUUGUCUUGUUGUCCCGGAGCGGUGUGGCCCUCCAUCUCUUGACUCUCUCCUUUCCUCUCUUUGGGGCAUACCCCCACGGCGUGUGGCCACUCCGCCACCCUCACCGUGCUCUCUGCUGCUGCAUAGCCCCGGUGUCCAAGCCGGGGCGUCAGGAUCCAGUCUCAUUUUGCAGCUACCAAAGCUGGCGGCUCAGGAGCUACCCCGAUCUCACGACAGCAGUAACUCCCAACCGCCAAACUCAGGAUCCCCCUCUAAACAGUGCUAGGGACCGUGUAGCCGUCGUUGCUGGGUGGUCUUUCGAGGUCUAGAUCCAGUUGCGGAACCUCGGCCUACCCCAGGGACGGGGGGGGCAGGCCAGCUAGGAGAGUGUGUGAGGCACGCCCAUCAAGCACGAGGAUGUGCGGAUUUCCGUCGAGCACGCCUCGGUCGUCAAGCUGCUUGUGGAAGUCCUUGAGGUGCGAGGGCGCACAGCACAGGACAGUCACGGGACCAACUUUUGCUUUCAUGGCCACCGCGCCAUCGAGACGGCUAAUCGACCACCUAUCUAGCCCAAGAGCCUAGAGGCCUCUCGGAUCUUCAUGCCACCUCUAGUUGCUUCACAUUCCUUCCGAGCUUGCUCUGGGUCCACCUGGCGGCGGCCCAUGCUUAUCAGCAAAACCAGCAAAAGACCGAAGAUGGCCCGCGUCGGCGGUGGGUGGUGGUGGUGCUGCUGUAUCUCGUCGCUGGAUGCUCUGAUUGCGACGCUGAAGUGCUCAAACG